AUGUCGCCGGUGGCAGGAAACAAGGGCUCCAAUGGGUUGCAGGGUAGGCAUUAUCCUGCACCCCAUGCUACCCAUGAGGAAGUUGUCAAAGACCCUGUUGUUUUCUGGGACACUCUCAGGCGCUUCCACUUGAAGAUGAAUACCAAGUUUAUGAUCCCUGUGAUUGGAGGAAAGGAGCUAGAUUUGCACAUAUUAUAUGUAGAGGUAACACGGAGGGGUGGCUUUGAGAAGGUUGUUGCAGAGAAGAAAUGGAGGGAAGUGGGUGCCAUUUUCAUGUUCUCCCCAACAACAACAAGCGCUUCUUUUGUGUUGAGGAAACACUACUCAACUCUUCUCUACCAUUAUGAACAGGUUUACUUCUUUAAGACACAGGGUCCUUUAUGUACCCCUACAGCUACUGCAUUUUCCAUUAGUAACCGUUCUGAGUCUGCAGACAAACCUGAGCUUGCUCUGGUGGAAUAUUCCCCCAAACACAUAAAAGAUUGUCCGCAUGUCAUUGAAGGUACGGGAACCAUUGAUGGGAAAUUUGACUGUGGCUAUUUCAUAACUGUGAAAUUGGGUUCGGAAGUUCUCAGCGGAGUUCUCUACCAUCCUAAUCAGCAGCCUCUACCUGGUCCUUCUUCUAAUCCAAUUAGUCCAGCUCCCCAACCUGUUAAUGCCAUUGUACCAUACACCAAAAGAUCUUGUCGUCUUUUGGGUUCGAAGAGGAGGAGGAGGAGAAAAAGGGGAGAUCCCAACUAUCCAAAACCCAACAGGAGUGGCUAUAAUUUCUAUUUUGCUGAAAAGCAUUACAAGCUCAAGUCCCUCUACCCAAACAGAGAAAGGGAGUUUACCAAGAUGAUAGGCGAGUCUUGGAGCAAUCUCACUGCAGAAGAGAGGCUGGUUUACCAGAAUAUUGGGUUGCAAGACAAAGAAAGAUACAAGAAAGAGUUGAAAGAGUACAAGGAGAGUAUGAAGCUCGGGAGUCAGGCAGACCAUGGAAAUGAACAAAAGUUGAUCACUAGAGCUUAA